CCCAGGAGGAGUAGAACAGAGUAGAGGGAAAAAGGAGCGAUCAUGGCCACUGUAGAGCUGAGCUGCCGGGUGUCGGAGGAGAACCAGGAGCGCCGGGAGGCCUUCUGGGCCGAAUGGAAGGACCUGACUCUGUCCACCAGGCCGGAGGAGGGCUGCUCCCUGCACGAAGAGGAUAGCCAGCGGCAUGAGACCUACCACCGGCAGGGGCAGUGCCAGGCCCUGGUGCAGCAGUCGCCCUGGCUGGUGAUGCGCCUGGGCAUCCUGGGCCGUGGGCUGCAGGAGUACCAGCUGCCCUACCAGCGAGUGCUGCCACUGCCCAUCUUCACCCCCACCAAACUGGGAGCCGCCAAGCAGGAGCGCGAGGAGACCCCCAUCCAGCUGCGGGAGCUGCUGGCCCUGGAGACAGCUCUGGGUGGCCAGUGCACAGAGCGCCAGGACGUGGCUGAGAUCACCAAGCAACUGCCUCCAGUGGUCCCCGUCAGCAAGCCCGGAGCCCUUCGCCGAACCCUGUCCCGCUCCAUGUCCCAGGAAGCACAGAGAGGCUGAGAGGGACUUGACUUGGGCUCCACUGUGCCUACCUUGGGCUGGGCCCAUCCUGGUUAGGACCAUGGAGCUGCUGGCCUUGGCUGCUUUGUAGUUUGCCCAGAGUUGGGGGGCUAUGGAAAGUGGGAGCCAGAGGCCAGGAUGCCUGGGUCCCCUGAGUUCCCAAAAGGAGGGGAACAAAGAUGGUGGACACAAGGGGUAGAGAGCUGAGGGCCAGCACAGCUGAGCACCCUCAGGUCCCAAAGUGACUGAGAGAUGCUGGUGGGGACAAGAGGCCCCUGGGAGCAGGGACGUGGUCCGGGUUUCAGCUUCAGGGAAGCCAGGACUGGAGGAGCGGAUCCGGAAUGCUCUGGGAAGGAAGUUUGGAGACUGGAGGGAGGGGGAUGUGAAGAGGGCAGAGGCAGGGCAGGGCCCCCGGCACCCUCUGUUAGUACUGCAAUAAAAGCUCAACCCUG